ACAUGUGAACACCCACUUCGUUCACCAAGAAGCAUUUUUAACACCGUUGAACAGUUAGCUUUGGCUGCAUCUGCUGUUUAUUUAAAGCCUAUAGUUAACUCCGUAAGAAAGAAGCGAAAUUGAGGAGAAGUGUUGAGUGUUGACGCAGGUUUUGGGGGGUGGACAGUCCCACGUGUCUGGAUCUGAACGCGGGGAUCGUACAUGGUGAAUUUCAUUCGUUAGCUUCAAUCCUGCUCUGCCAAAUCUCACAGCAUGUCGGGUGCCUACGAUGAGUCCGCCAUGUCCGACGAGACAUCAGAGAGUUUCUGGGAGGUGGGGAACUACAAGCGUACAGUCAAGCGAAUCGAGGAUGGCCAUCGGCUCUGCAAUGACAUGAUGAAUUGCAUACAGGAGCGUGCCAAGAUCGAGAAGGCCUAUGCCCAGCAGCUCACCGACUGGUCUAAGAGGUGGAGGCAGCUCGUGGAGAGAGGGCCGCAGUACGGCACUCUGGAGAGAGCCUGGAUAGCUGUGAUGACAGAAGCAGAAAAGGUGAGCGAGUUGCACCAGGAGGUGAAAAAUAACCUGCUGAACGAGGACUUGGAGAAGGUGAAGAACUGGCAGAAAGAUGCCUACCACAAACAAAUGAUGGGCGGAUUUAAAGAAACCAAAGAAGCGGAUGAGGGGUUCAGAAAAGCCCAGAAACCUUGGGCCAAAAAACUCAAAGAGUUGGAAACAGCAAAGAAAACAUACCAUAUGGCCUGCAAGGAAGAAAAAAUUGCAUCUACAAGGGAGGCCAAUUGCAAAGGAGAGGCGUCAGUCACAUCAGAUCAGCAAAAGAAACUCCAAGAGAAGGUGGACAAGUGCAAAAACGACGUUCAGAAGGCCAAAGAGAAAUACGAGAAGACCCUUGAUGAGCUCAGCAAGUGCACGCCGCAGUACAUGGAGAACAUGGAGGUCGUGUUCGAGUCAAGCCAGCAGUUCGAGGAGAAGAGGCUGAACUUCCUCCGCGAGGUGCUUCUGGAUAUCAAACGCCAUCUUAACCUCACUGAGAACCAAAGCUAUGCCACAGUCUACCGGGACCUGGAGCGUAGCAUCACCUCAGCCAGCCCACAAGAAGACCUGAAGUGGUUCAACAACCUCCACGGGCCAGGCAUGCACAUGAACUGGCCACAGUUUGAGGAGUUCAACCCAGAACUGAGCCACUCUAUUAAUAAGAAAGAGAAGGUGAAGAGGAACCAUGAUGGAAUCACGUUGACUCAGGUCACGCAUGGUGUAGAUCCGGGCACACCGCAGACUGGAGACCGGGGCAGCGUGAGCAGUUACGAGAGGAACCAGCGGUGUUCUUCUGCCGAGUGGUCUGAUGACGAGCAGCCGCCUGCCGCCCAACCAGCCAGUGAAACAAACGGAAAUCCAUUCGACGAGGAGAGGAAAGGAGUGCGAGUGAGAGCGCUGUAUGACUAUGACGGCCAAGAACAAGAUGAGCUCACAUUUAAAGCUGGAGACGAGCUGAUCAAACUAGAGGAUGAGGACGAGCAGGGCUGGUGCAAAGGCCGGCUGGACGGCGGUCAGCUAGGCUUGUACCCGGCUAACUACGUCGAGCCCAUUUAGUUGCCUUGUGUGGUGAAGAAGGCCUUAAAGACUUUACCCCACACUGCUCGAACGCGAGACUCCGGAGAAACCAUUUCCUUGCCUGAUCGACUUGCUGAAAAGCUUUUUCUUAAUACCGCAGCGAAAAAACCUACAGCAUUCAAAACACAUAUCAAAUCCUAGCGAGAGCAGAGAAUGAUUCUGUGCGUCUAUGAGUGUGUUGCUGACAUGUGUUUGCGUAUGGUCUCCUGUAACAAUAUUAACAUACUGACAUCCAUGAAGCCUAGCAUAGCAAGAAUCAGCUAUGCAAUGUGUAUACUAGACUUUUAUUUUGAAGUGGAAUGUACUUAGUGAACAUGAAUUUCACUAACGUAAUCUGACAUGUUUAUGUGUUAAACUGGAUAUUCAAUGAGAACAUAUUUAGGGCGGGACUUGAUUUUAUGCUAAUUUGAUGUGAAAAGUGGGCGUUACUUAUUAGAAUGGGUUCAUGUGGUUGGAGGGGAGGGGUUUAAAAUUUAAAGGGAUGGUGACAUCGUUCAUCCAGGAGAGUUGAUGUAGAGGUGGAGCAUUUAAAAACAUUUUUCUGGAUAAAUUGUGCACUAGAAAUAUGUGUUAACAAAGUUUGAAUAUAUGUGGGCUUUAAUGCGAGAUGCAUCAGGAUUUUUGUCCAUUUGUUCAUUUUAAGAACAUGUAAAGAGCUUGUGAACAAAUUGUAAGCUUUCACUUUAAAGACUGGAGAAGUGAAACUUUUUUAAAUAUCCUGAUUCUAAAGGAUUGCUGAUGGGAGUUGUCUUUAUGUGGAAUAAAUCCAGAAUGAAUCAGAAAUUUAAAGUUUAGUUGAUCUAGUGCAUUUUUGUAAACAUUUUUUUUUUUUAAUUUUUAGAGUAAAUUGUGAUUUUAAAUAUUAAUUUUUUAUUUAUUUAUUUUAAUUUUUUUUUUUUUUUUCAGAAUUUUUGACUUUAUUAGUUAUGAUUUCAUGACCAUUGAACUGUGUGGUUCACGUUGAUCUCUGGGCACAUGCUAUUGAAAAGUAUGUUCAAAUGCUUUUAAGUAGGCCUAGUUCUUCUGCCUUUUUGUCUCUUUAUGUAAAUGGGAAUAUCUUUUAACAAUAACUCAUUCAGUAGGCAAACUCCUUACUGUAGCGCAACAAUAAUAAUAAUUUCAUUUGUCAUGUUUUCAACACUAGCUUUGUUUUUAGUGUGAGAGCUCACUCACUAUGGAUUGCGUCUUUAAGAGCUGGAUGGAGAAGGUGAGGUGUGUGUGUGUGUGUAUACUGUAUGUUUAGACUGGACCGAUGUGUUCUACUCUUCAUGUCAGUGUAGUAACUGUACCAUUCAAGUUCACAAUAAAAAUCUGAGACAAAUGCAAA